CACCACCCUAAAAUAUUUCCCAAUUCACUCUGUAUCUCGCUCUGUCCAGCCGACGAAGACGACGAUUCAGAGCCGCCGGCGAUCGUUUUGGGACGAGCAGAAUAGAUAGCAAUGGAAUUAUGGUGCAUUUCAGUGCAGGUCAUAUUUGGAUGAUCCAGAAUUUUCCUGUCAGCUAUUAAAAUGAAGCCAAGAACCAACGGGGUGCCUAGAGAUCAACGGUCCAAAGGGUUUCAGGGUGAGGGUCCCAACUGGGUCCUUAUUGCAGGAGGUGCCUUGUUAAGUACCUUAUCAAUUCGCCUGGGUUACAAGCUAAAGCAGGUGCUUGACACAAAGCAACCAGAAAAUGCUAGCAAUGAUAUCAAAGGAAAUAGAAAAUUUGGUUUCAGACAGAAUUCGGGGAACUGCCGUUUGCACUCAAAUAUGUGCUGUUUUCCCCCAGAUGAGGAUGGUUGCUUCAAAUGCGUUUCAGGUACGGAACUUCUUUGGUUCUCAAUCCCAAGCUCCAGAUGGUCAGACAUUUUAUUGUUGAGUUUCCGUUGUUCUUAUUCUUAAUUAACUCCCCUCUGAGGGAGGGCUGUCUACUGCAUGUGAUCUGGAUUAUGUUACCAGUAGAUGUGUACUGGCUAUUUUGCGGUAGUGCUGCAUAAUAUAUAUGUUGUGUGGACUAUUCUUGCACUAGUUUCUCCCUUUUUUGGGGUAAAUUUCCCUUUCCCAAAACAAAAUUCGAUCUUUAGAUAAUGAAGAAGAAAAUAAGAAACAAGUAUUGUUUAGUUCUGAGCUACUUUAAAAAGAAAGAUUUUGCUUUGAGCCGUGCAGAGUAUUACUCCAUUAAUACCUGAUGGCUAACUUGUUAUCUGCAUCAUACUGCUGUUAAGUCAGUAACUCUAAGGCUGGAUGCUUGUUACUGUGCAAUAACUUUCCACCUGUAUAAUGCCCUAUUUCAGUCCAUUUGCAUGUCAUCAUACACUAAAGAACUGGGGCAUGAGACAUAAAGAAAAGCUGAUUAUGUAGGGCCAGAGAAUAGAGAUUAAGAAAAAGAAGAGCUGGUAAUUUAGGACCAAAGAAUAAAGAUUAAGAGAAAGAAUAAGAUAAAGAGGUGGAAAGAAAAAACUAGAGAAGAGUAAGAAGAAAGAAAGAGAAAAAGGGAAAGGAAGAGAGAUUCAAAAUCUAAUUCUAUAUAUUAUGGCCAAAAGUUAAUCAUCCAUUAAAUUAGACCUAUCCUACCAACUUAACAAUGACAUAAAAAUAAAUUGAUAUAAUGCUUAGAUCCCAGGAAACAGUAAAAAAAGGGUCUAAAUUUUAAUUCCUAUAAUUAAUGUUUAGUCCAAGAUAUCCAAAUCUAUUGCUCCCUCCGUCAAUUCUUCCCCAACUAUUCCUACAUCCAAGAAAAACUCUUCCCCAACUUCCUUGAGUUUUCAUGAAGUUUUCUAGUGGCUCCGAGCAUAUAACACUCAAAAGGAUAAGAAUUCGGUGAAAAAUAUAAAUUUUUGAGCUGUCAUGGAUGGUAAACCACAAGGAAGAUUUAACGUAUCUAGGGGUUUGAGGUAGGUGUAUCCGCUUUUACCCUUUGGUGGUUGAUGGGUUAUGUCAUUUGGUAGAUAAGGGGAAGAAGUAUAACUAAGUGGUAGACUUUUGAGUUUUACUAUGGAAUUACAAGAUCAUUAUUACUUAUUUACUGUUUGGGGGUUGUAUUUUUUGUUUUUUGUGUGGGGUUACGCAAAAAAUUUAAAAUUUAGUGGAUAUUGUUGGGAUUUUUGGUUUGGUUCGCAUUGAAAGUGAAUAUGUCUAAGUUUAGUUGCCGGAAUUAAAUCUCCUAGGAGUAAGAUUGAAGGACUAGCCAAGGGGUUGGUAGGUGUUUGGUGAAUGAUUGGCCAUGAAAAUAUGUGGAACUUUUGUUGGGGGCAAGCCUUUAUCUUGAAUUUUGGAACUUUGAUUUCAAGAAAGUGCAAAAAAGAGUGGAAUGGUGGAAAAGAAGGUUGUUCGUCCAAGCAAGAGGCUUUCUUUUGUUCAAUUUGUUUUGGUAGUAUUGUUCCUUAUCUUAUGUCGCUUGUUAAAAAAUCCAGAGAAGGUUACAAAGAUUAUGACGGAGAUGAUAAAUAAAUUUUUAUGAUGAGGGAGUGGUAAAUGGAAGAAAAAUCACUUGGUGAGGUGGACAAUUGUGCCCAAAUCUGCAUAAAAAGGGGUUGACAAUGGAAAAUUUAGUUGAGGAAAACGUGCUUUGUUGGGCUGUUGUGGAGAUUUGCGCAAAAUUUUUGUCGCAUCAUAGUUCUAUUAUGUUAUGCGGUCCCACUUGGAUGGGGUGCGUUGUGGGGUGAGACGGUAGGGCCGAAUUCUUUGUGGCAUUCUAUUAUCAAAAGUAUGGAUCAAUGAUAUGGAUGAUACUCCAUUUUGGUGGAUAAAGGCUCUUUCCAAAAUUCAUGAAGAAGCAUCUCUUAUGUGCGGGAAAUGUGGAGAGUGUGUGUUGUUGGAAAGAUACCUAGUGGGUGAGUUUGCUUUUGCUUAUUGUUCCGUUGGCUUUUCAGAUUGUCUUGUGCCCACGAUAAUUUUGUCUCUACCAUGAUUUGCUCUUCUUAGAAAUUUUGGAGCUUUCAUCCUUUAUUUUUUGCAUGAGUCGGUUUCUUAGUUUAGUUCAGUGUUGUGAAAAGCGAGCCUAGGCGAGCGUCUAGGUGAGAAGCGAAGCGGGCAUUGAUUGUCUUGAACAUCCCA